GCUCUCCAAUGGGCACGUCUUUCCUCUUACGACAAAUUAUAUACCCUUUGCAGACAGGAUGCCGAAGCUGUUGGGAUACAUGCUGAUCUCCGCUCUGGUUCUGGCCACCUUCUCUGAUGCCUCACCAAAGCCCAAAGCCCUGUUCCAGGACACUCCUCCAGGCUCUGAAGCCAGCAGGAGCCAGGGCCUGAGAUGGCCGGCUUCCCUGGGUUCCCCUUCCCACCACCGAAGACAACUCGGCCCUCAGGACCUUCCUUACCUCACAGCAGAUCUGUCCAAGAAGCAAGGGCCAUGGCUGGAAGAGGAUGAGGCAUAUGGCUGGAUGGAUUUUGGGCGCCGCAGUGCCGAGGAAAGGGCCCAGCUCUCCUAGAAUUCACCACUCCUGUCCUACCCCUACCUGCCUUCCAUCCUACCAUCUAUUCCAUGGCCAACUCAGAA